UUUGCGUCCGGAAGACGAUGAAUUAGCUCCCAUCGUUGCGUAUUAACCGACUCCGGCGGCUCACCACGGACCAGUUGACGUUUGGUCAUUGAGCGGACAGCAUCGUCGUCGUCGUUGUCGUCGUCGUCGCCGUCGUUUUCUUUCACCGUCGAAGCUACGCCUUUCACGCUCGCUCGCUCGCUCGCUCGCUCGCUCCGAACCGUGACUUACGUUGUGCCGCGAUAAUCCGGGCUCGAGGGCUUUUGUCCGCGUGAGUGCGUCAUCGAGAGUCCAUGACUUUAUUCUGGUUCAAAACGAUCUGCCAAACACACGCUGAAGGAGAUAUUUCGCAGAUCGCUAUACUCCGCCUUGAGGCUCCGUCGCAUUUAUAUUGUUUACUCGAUAAAUGCAAAUCGAUCGCGGAAUAUUGAUGAUUAGUUGAUUUAUUCUGUGGAAAAAUGUGGCUGAAGGAUGUGAACGACGACGUCUCGCCAACUGCGAAUUUUGUGAAUUCGCGACAGUGCGUACAGAACGAGAUCUUCGUCAAUCGAAGCCUUCAUCUGGAGAACAUCAAGUUCUAUGGCUUCGACAUGGAUUACACAUUGGCAGAAUACAAGUCGCCGCAGUACGAGCAGUUGGGCUUCAAUCUGCUCAAGGAUCGCCUAGUGUCGCUGGGAUAUCCGCAGGAAAUCAAGGCCUUCGAAUACGAUCCCAGUUUUCCCGUUCGUGGACUGUGGUUCGACACCUUACAUGGGAAUCUGCUGAAAGUGGACGCUUACGGGAAUAUCUUAGUCUGUGUUCACGGCUUCGAGUUCUUGAAACACUCUCAGGUUUACGAGCUUUAUCCAAAUAAAUUUCUACAAUUAGACGAGUCUAGAGUUUACGUGCUCAAUACCUUGUUCAAUCUACCGGAGACCUAUUUGCUGGCGUGUCUGAUAGACUUUUUCACGAACUCGCCGCAAUAUACCAGAGAAAGGACCGGCGUGAAAGAAGGUGAGCUCACCAUGAGCUUCAAAAGCAUAUUUCAGGACGUCCGAAGCGCGGUAGAUUGGAUACACCUUCACGGUGAUCUGAAAUCGAAGACUAUCGAGAACUUAGACGAAUACGUAAAGAAGGACGAGAGGUUGCCUAUGUUCCUUACGAGAAUCCGAGAGAGCGGAGCGAAAGUGUUUUUAUUAACUAACAGUGAUUACGUUUUCACGGACAAAAUUAUGACUUAUUUGUUCGAUUUUCCACACGGUGCACGGCCUGACGAACCUCAUAGAAAUUGGAAUACCUAUUUCGACACAAUUGUAGUUGACGCCAGAAAGCCACUGUUCUUCGGAGAAGGGACAAUCUUACGACAAGUGGAUACGAGGACGGGCGCUUUAAAACUUGGCACACACAAGGGGCCACUUCACACAGGGGAAGUGUACUCCGGAGGGUCGUGCGACGUUUUCACAGAAUUAAUUGGCGCGAAAGGAAAAGAUGUGUUAUACGUCGGUGAUCAUAUAUUCGGUGAUAUUUUAAAGAGCAAGAAGAUAAGGGGCUGGAGGACAUUUUUAAUAGUCCCCGAGUUGGUUCAAGAGCUACACGUUUGGACCGACAAAUGUCAAUUGUUUGCCGAAUUACAGAGUUUGGACGUUAUGCUCGGGGAAAUGUACAAAAAUUUAGACAGUAGUACAAAGGAAAAGCCGGAUAUCUCCAAGUUACGCGCGUCGAUAAGGGACGUUACGCACAAAAUGGACUUAGCUUACGGCAUGAUGGGCUCUCUGUUUCGCAGCGGAAGUAGACAGACGUUUUUCAGUAGUCAAGUCGUGAGGUACGCCGAUCUGUACGCGGCGACUUUCCUGAAUCUGAUUUACUAUCCCUUCUCAUAUAUGUUCAGAGCACCUGCUAUGCUGAUGCCUCAUGAGAGUACGGUGGCACAUGAACAAAGAUUUGUUAUGGAAACGCCGAUGAUAAGCCGUUCGAGAACGUUUAAACUGGCGGACGAGGAAGAGGAACAUAAUCGGCCUUCUUCUAAAAAUUUGUAUGUGGAUCAUUUCAACAAUCAAAUCCCACAUGCAAGACCGGAAACGCCACGUAAUGUUACACAUACACACGAUGAGGAUUGUAGCGAUGAUGAUAGCGAUUCGCAGAAGCAAGCUAAUCAAAUGAGAGUAUCUACAAAGAACGUAAAUUGCAAUUGAGGUCAUAUUUUAUGAUAAUCAAUUUUUUAUCUUGCAUAAUUGACUGAAAAUCGAAAGGAUUGAUGUAUAUUAUGUAGAAUUUUACGUUUCGAGGAAUCAUUGUAGCAUAUAUGACGCGUUAUGCAGCCGCAUUAGUAACAAUAUUUAGUCCCAAAGUAUAUGCGAUAAUUUAUAUUUUUUAAACAAUAUUGAUAGAAAAGAUGAAACUUGGCAAUAUUUAGAUUGACUAUAUUAAUAACUCCUCGGAAGGCAUAUUUAAUACUUUUGUAGUUAGGACGUUGUUAUGUAAUAUUAUAGCGCACAAAAUGUCCAUAUUAUGAAAUCUUUAGAUAUCGAAUUACACAGCACGUAACAGAUUUUAUUAGCAUUGUAUAUGUUGUAUAUUAACUUUACAUAUAAUUAUACAUAUAUAUAUAUAUAUAUUAAUAUAUAUUAUACAUAUAUAAAUAUUAUAAUGCUGAGGAGUUAUAUAUAUUUGAAGUUUUGAUAGAAAACAUCAACGAUAUUAAACUUAUUGUAAAAUUGAGUAGCAGCCCGAUCUUUUUAUAUGCAAUAUAAGCCUGUAUUGAAAUGGAAAUGAUAGAAUUGUUGCAACAAACCCUAAGUGAAUUGUGCAAUUUAGGUUAGGUGUACAGAACAAAUAUUAAAUAUAAUCUUAUACAUUCUUCGAAUGAGUAAUACGUAAAUAGUCGAUAGAUAUGAAUUAUAAUUGAUUAGAUAAUGAAAAAUAAAAUAUGUAAACAAGUUA